UUUUCACUGUCUGUCUAUGUCAUCUCAGUGUCUCUGCUGUGAAAAGUGCAGUAGUGUGUAGAAGCAUGGAUUUCAAAUCAGAACUGCUCAAGUCCAUUUGGUAUGCCUUCACAGCUUUGGAUAUGGAGAAAAAUGGAAAGGUGUCUAAAUCACAGUUAAAGGUGUUAUCCCACAAUCUGUACACAGCCCUGAAUAUUCCCCAUGAUCCUGUGGCGCUGGAGGAACACUUCCAGGAUAAUGACGAUGGGCCAGUCUCCAACCAAGGAUACAUGCCCUAUCUUAACAAAUACAUCCUGGCCAAGGCAACUAAUGGGACCUUCGAUAAAGAGACAUUCGACGAACUGUGCUGGAUGAUGACAGCUAAGAAGAACUACAAGCCAGGCAUGGAGGCUGGCCUGUGCCCCCGGAAAGAUGCUUUUAAACUGUGGUGUCUUUUUAACAUGUUAUCAGAAGACAGAUAUCCCCUUGUCAUGAUACCUGAAGAGGUUGAGUACUUGCUGAAGAAGAUCGCUUCAGCCAUGAGCUUGGAGUGGGAGCGGAAUGGGCUGGAUGACUCUUACUGCCAGGACCCAACUCUACUGGACGGAAUGACAGUCUGGAAAUUCCUGGAACUAAUGGGCUCUGGGAGGCUCAUCAGAAGUGAGGGCACAGAAGCAGUGAGCCUGGCUGUGGAUGAAGUCUUCCAAGAAAUGUACCACGAUGUGCUGAAGAAGGGCUACAUGUGGAAGAAGGGGCUGGUGCGCAGGAACUGGAAUGAGCGCUGGUUCGUGCUGAAGCCCUCAGUAAUCCAAUAUUAUGUCAGCGAGGACCUGAAGGAGAAGAAGGGAGAGAUCCUGCUGGACAAGAGAUGUGUUACGGAGGCUAUUCAGGAUAAGGAAGGCCGACGCUGCCUUUUCUGCAUAAAAACAGCCAACAGGACAUUCGAGAUUAGUGCGCCUGACCUGAAGCACCGUCUGGAGUGGAUGCAAGCUAUCCAAACAGCCAUUCGUCUCCUAGCCGAGGGGAAGAGAUCUCUACACAAGGAGCUGAAGUUGCGCCGGCGGGAGAACAGAGAGCAGAGCUCGAAGCAGAAAGAGGAGCAGCAGACACUCCGGGACCUGCAGGAGAGGGAGCAGCUGGAGGCUGAGGGUCUCCAUAAAGAGGAGGAAGAGAGGGAGUGGGAGCAGCAGCAGCUUAUGCAGCGAGCCCUGGAGAGGCAGCUCAGAGAGGCAGAGGAGGCUCGAGCUAACAUGGCAACAGAGAUUGCUCAGAAAGAGGCCGAAUCAGUGAAGCAGCGACUUCGAAUCCGGGAGCUGGAAAUGACCCAGCAGGCCUUGGAGAAAGCGUUGGAGGCAGAGAUCCAGGCGAGAUUGGAGGAGGAGAGGGCCAGGGUCACACAGGCCAGUUUGCUGGAGGAGGAGGAAGAAAAGCAGAAGCAACUGAGCCGUCUGAAGGAGGAGCAGGAGGCUCUGUUACAGCAGACCCAGCAGGACAAGCAUGUGAUAUUGCAGGACAUGACAGAGAAGGCUCAGGCCUUAAAGGUGGCCAGCCAUGAACUGGAGAAGCUGCAGGAGUCCAGGCAGAAGAGCAACCAGUUCCUGGAGGAAGCAAAGAAGAAGCUGUGCAGAGCCAGCUGCCAUGUGAAACACUGGAACGUGCAGCUAAACCGUCUGAUGAAGCCAGUCUCUCCAGGAGGUCAUGUGGGACAAGAUCAGCCUGCGCCGAACACUGAGGUGCCAGACUACCCAAGAGGGGCUUUCGCUAGUAACGAGUUCAUUGUCAAGAAGCAGCUCUGUAACACUGAUCGCAGGCUGUUUGGAGCACACAGUCCAAACAGCCAAUCCUUGUGGUCAUCCCGGCUGUAUUCUGAGGAGGAGGAGGUUCAGGAGCAGCUGAGGAAGGUCUCUCUCACGGAAACUGACAGCACAAGAUGUGAAACUAACAGGUCCAGUCAUUAGACGGACUUGUGUACAAGAGCAGAUAGCAAGAGACACUGCAGAAGCAGAUCUGUAGAGAUUAAUUCAAGACCAGUGGCACACUAACUGUUUUGACCUCCAGGGGUCACUCUAAAAAUUUAUGUUAAAGUGGAAUAAUGUCAGCAAUAGUUUGUUUCCAUAUCCCUACUACAUUGGAUUAAAACAUCCCAGUACUAUAAGACCAGCUAUAUUUUUACUGCCCAGAUUCAUUGAACAUUUUCUUUUACCUACCUGGUGCAAUGUUUGGUAUAAAUGCACUUUUUUUUUUCUAAUUUUAUUUCUAAUACUGGCUUCACUCUUGUCAAAGCCUCCCACCAACGUGAACCCUUUGCUGUUUCAGGUGUAUCUGCUUAUCAGUCAUUGCCCUCAUUCUUGUCUAAGUUCCCCCUCCUCUCUCAGAAUGAAAUACAAUCUAUUCCUUUGCUCUGGCCUAUUUAAUAAGAGCCGAACUAGCAUUACCACAGCUUCUGUUUACAAAAUAAGACGGACACUUUUUUUUUUAUUUUCAGAAUGGAACUUUACUUUAACUGUGGCAUUUGUGACAUAUAUGGACUGCUGUAUUUGACAAUGUUGUUUCUGUUUGUUUUUUUUAUUAAAUAAAAUUAGCUGCCCUAUUGGCUUACAUAUA